AUGGUGUACCAUGGCUGGCCAAGUAAAGGUUGCGGUAACUGCCGCUCCCGCAAGAUCCGAUGCGACCAAGCACGGCCGGCCUGCUGGGAAUGCACUCGAACUAAGCGAGAAUGCCCCGGGUACCGCGAUGAGUUGUCACUGAUGUUCCGCGACGAGACCGAAUCCGUCGCCCGUAAAGUGCUUUCUUCUCGGUCCUCUACUACUUCUUCUCAAUCGUCUUCUUCAAGACGACAAAAGCUGCCUCGAUCGGUCCACCCUCCUCUCCCAGACCAAAAUGUUGCAUCCUCGGGGACUUCGGAUUCUUCCGACCGCUUGGACCAUCCGUUCUUUGACUUUGUCUCUGACAUUGAGCCGCAAUAUUACAUGCACCAGUCUAGGCAGAGUCCUCUAGGGACACACCCCAACACCGGGAUAUCGAGGCAAGAGGCUAUUUGCUUCUUCCUCCAGUCGCACGCAAUUCCUGGAAACUUUCUAAUCACAGAUACCUUGACCAAUUUCCUCAUGGAGUCUGGUGGGUCGCUAGGUCAGCAGGCUAUCCAGUCCAGUAUCGUGGCGGUUGCCAGCGCUAUGCUCUCCCGUGUUCGCAACAUUGCCUCGUUGAGGCAAGCGGCGCGCCAGGAGUAUGGGUCUGCGCUCAAGCUAGUCAAUCAGGCACUUGCCGAUGCUGAAGAGGCCAAGACAAACCAGACGCUUGGAGCAAUUGUUCUUCUGGCUUUGUAUGAAAUCGUCAUAUCAAGAGCUCCGCAAGGUAUCGAAGGCUGGACAAAUCAUAUUUGUGGAGCUGCAGCUCUACUAGAGCACCGCGGGGUCAGCCAGCUGCGAAACGAAUUAGGAAUCCGGCUAUUUUUACAUUUAAGAUAUCAGAUCAUUAUAAGCUGUCUCCAACGCGAUGUAUUGGUACCGGGCUCUUUAUUGGAAUGUACAAAGCUCGACCUACUUCCCGGUAUAAAGGAUGCCCUUGGCAAUAAACUGAUCUUAAUCAUCGGCAAUUUGUCCAACCUCCGUGCCAAUAUCCACACACAAGUGUUGAGUCAUCCACAGGAGAUUAUCAGUGCGGCCUGUACCAUCGAAGCAGACCUCAUCGCCUGGCUGGCCGCCCUGCCGCCGGAUUUUACAUAUAGCAGCCACACACUCAUGCCAAUGGAUCGAUCUUUUGAACGUCGCUGUCACGGAAUUAGACCCUACAAUGGCGAAUACCACAUCUACCCGGACAUCUGGUCGCCCAGUUGCUGGAACCAUUACCGUUGCGCACGCAUCCUUGUCAGUGAGAUUAUAUUAUCGCAUGUCCACAAGCUAUCCAACAGCUCGCCCUCCUCUUUAUCCGAAGACUUUCGCAUAUACUGCAAGUCUCUACGUUCAACAAUCCGUCGUUUAGGCGCCGACAUCUGUCGCAGUGGUCCAUUUCACCUAGGCGCCUGCAACUCAGAGACGCUUCCAGAGGCCACCAUUCUUCCACCCGAGAGCUACUUGGGCGGCCUCAUGCUGCUCUGGCCUCUGUUCAUCGCCGGUAUGACCGAAGGACCGACUCAUCCACAGCGUCAGUGGGUGAUAAAGUGUCUUGAGACGAUAGGAAGGACGUGGGGACUGGCUCAAGCGCUGGCACUCAUGGAUCUUCUGAUCGUGGACCCGGGAAUGUUUCAUUCGGUCGAAAAAUAUGGCGAAGCUGCUGAUACGGCGACUGGGUCGUCGGAAGUACUGCCAUUCUCUAUCUUCCAUGUACCGUAUUAUGAUCUCCCUGCAUUGAAGGAGUAUCGCGAGCUUCAGGCAUCAUCGACUUGA